GUGUCUCCUACGCCCGACCCGCACGGCGGGGACAGCGCCACGCGAGCCCUCUAGGCAAUCGCAGGGCCACACAGCAGCUCCGCCGCAGGUGCCACCUCAGAAACCAUGACCCCCGGCGCGGGCCCAUGGAGCUAUGGCCUAUAGGGUCCUGGGCCGUGCGGGGCCACCUCAGCCGCGGAGAGCGCGCAGGCUGCUCUUCGCCUUCACGCUGUCCUUGUCCUGCACUUACCUGUGUUACAGCUUCCUGUGCUGCUGCGACGGUCUGGGCCAGAGCCGCCUGCUCGGCGCACCGCGCUGCCUCCGCAGCCCCAGUGCAAGCGGCCAGAAACUUCUGGCGAAGUCCCGCCCGUGUGAUCCCCCGGGGCCGACGCCCAGUGAGCCCAGCGCUCCCAGCUCACCAGCCGCAGCCGCUCCAGCACCGCGCCUCUCUGGGUCCAACCACUCUGGCUCCCCGAAGGUGGGCACCAAACGGCUGCCCCAAGCCCUCAUUGUGGGCGUCAAGAAAGGGGGAACCCGGGCAGUGCUGGAGUUUAUCCGUGUACACCCGGACGUACGGGCCUUGGGCACAGAGCCCCACUUCUUCGACAGGAACUACGGCAGAGGGUUGGACUGGUACAGGAGCCUGAUGCCCAGGACCUUGGAGACCCAGAUCACACUAGAGAAGACGCCCAGCUAUUUCGUCACUCAAGAAGCCCCUCGACGGAUCUUCAACAUGUCGCGAGACACUAAGCUGAUUGUGGUGGUGCGGAACCCUGUGACCCGCGCCAUCUCUGACUACACACAGACACUUUCCAAGAAGCCGGACAUCCCCACCUUCGAGGGCCUGUCCUUCCGCAACCGCAGCCUGGGCCUGGUGGACGUGUCUUGGAAUGCCAUCCGCAUCGGCAUGUAUGCACUGCAUCUGGAGAGCUGGCUGCGGUACUUCCCACUGGCCCAGAUCCACUUUGUCAGCGGUGAGCGGCUGAUCACUGACCCUGCUGGUGAGAUGGGGCGCAUCCAGGACUUCCUGGGCAUCAAGCGAUUCAUCACAGACAAGCACUUCUACUUCAACAAGACCAAAGGAUUCCCUUGCUUGAAAAAACCAGAAUCGACCCUCUUGCCGCGAUGCCUGGGCAAAUCAAAAGGGAGAACUCAUGUCCAGAUCGACCCUGAAGUCAUAGACCAGCUCCGGGAAUUUUAUAGACCUUAUAAUAUUAAAUUUUAUGAAACCGUUGGGCAGGACUUCCGGUGGGAGUGAGUCUCUGAGGUACACGGGUCUACUCUUGUCUCUUCCAUGAGGUUUGCUCCCAGAGACUCUGAUUAUCGUCUCCAGCCCCUCGUCCCAUCUUGAACCAUAUGAAGGAUUGUCUUGGAACCAGGAAGCUGAGCAAAGGCCAAAAGACCGGUGGUCCCUGCCCUGUCCAGAAAAAUUC